AUGUUCCCAAAACAGAGCCUGACGCAGUUGCGGUCGUGUCUCGUGUCAGGAGAAGAGGAAGAAAGGACAAGCCGAUGCCCAGCACGACCGAAAGAAGUGUGUCUUCAUAGCCGAGUCACUCAAGGUACCUUUACCCAGCUGGAGGUGACCCAAGAGCAGGCGAAGGAGAUGGAAGAGGUCAGGCCUAUCUCAGACGUGCAUUGCCAACGCUUCCGGCAGUUCCUCUACCGAGAGGCGGAUGGGCCCCGAGAGGUUUGCAGCCAGCUCCAUCGACUCAGCAACCGCUGGCUGAAGCCAGAGAGGCGCUCCAAAAAGGAGAUCCUGGACGUGGUGGUCCUGGAGCAGUUCCUCGCCAUCCUGCCCCUGGAAGUGCAACGCUGGGUCAGAGAAUGUGGGCCAGAGAGCAGCUGCCAGGCGGUGGCCCUGGCUGAAGGCUUCCUGCUGAGUCAGGCCGAGGAGGAGAGGCCCGCAGAGCAGGUGUGGGGACCAUCCGUGGAGAGAGACGCAGCAUUCCCCGAGGCGGAAGAAGCUUCCCUGGAGCGAGAGCAGAGGGCGCACACCAAGGAGGGUGCCCAGGAUGCCCUCUCUUGUGGUAGCGGAGAGAUGCUGUUGAAUCCUCAUGUGUUUGGGGGUGUGGAAACAGUCCAGCGUCCCUUUUCCGUUGAGGAGGUGUCUGUCCGUUUCACUCCAGCAGAACGGACCCUGCUGGAUCCGGGCCAGAGAACUCUCUACAAGGAAGUCAUGUGGGAGAACUAUUGGAGCAUCAUCUCUCUGAACCGAAGUGUAAGAGAGACAUUGGUGGAGAAAGACAAGAGUCUCGCAUAUGAAGAAAGGCUGGAGAGUUUCUCAGGAGGAUCCGACGAACAUGUUUCCUUCCCAAAGGAGGUGACUGACGAGGGUGAUCGGAAGAAGGAAGAUGGUGAUGAACUUGAUCAGCAGUUGCCAGAAGGAGUUAAGAAUGAAGACUUGAGAGAAAACAUCAGGAGUCGAGGCAGACCUAAGAGAAUGAAAGUCAGGCACAGGGUUGAGAAAAGAAAUGUAAGAUGGCGUAUUGUACAUCUUCCAAAUCAGAGAAUAAUGAAGGCAAGUACAUCCAUUCAAUGUCGAAAGUAUUUCAAAAGUAGAUCAGAGCUCCUUGUGCACCAAACAACCCACAGAGGUGAGAAACGCUAUGGCCAUCUUCAAGAACAUAGAAAAAGGCACGCAGGCAAGAAACCUUUUGAAUGCUCAGAGUGUAAAAAGAGAUUCACUCACCCUAGCAGUCUUCAAAAGCAUCAGAGAACCCACACAGGGGAGAAACCUUUUGAAUGCUUAGAGUGCAGAAAAAGAUUCAGUCGCAGUGCCAGUCUUCAAAGGCAUCAGAGAACCCACACAGGGGAGAAACCUUUUGAAUGCUCAGAGUGUGCAAAGAGAUUCAGUCGCAGUGCCAGUCUUAAAAGGCAUCAGAUAACCCACACAGGGGAGAAGCCUUUUGAAUGCUUAGAGUGCAGAAAAAGAUUCAGUCACAGUGGGCAUCUUCAAAGCCAUCAGAGAACCCACACAGGGGAGAAGCCUUUUGAAUGCUCAGAGUGUGCAAAGAGAUUCAGUAACAGUAGCACUCUUCAAAGCCAUCAGAGAACCCACACAGGGGAGAAGCCUUUUGAAUGCUUAGAGUGCAGAAAGACAUUCAGUCACUGUACCAGUCUUCAAAGGCAUCACAGAACCCACACAGGGGAGAAACCUUUUGAAUGCUCAGAGUGUGCAAAGAGAUUCCGUUGCAGUGCCAGUCUUAAAAGCCAUCAGAUAACCCACACAGGGGAGAAACCUUUUGAAUGCUCAGAGUGUGCAAAGAGAUUCAAUCACAGUGGUAAUCUUAAAAAGCAUCAGAGAACCCACACAGGGGAGAAGCCUUUUGAAUGCUCAGAGUGCAGAAAGAGAUUCAGUAACAGUAGCGCUCUUCAAAGCCAUCAGAGAACCCACACAGGGGAGAAACCUUUUGAAUGCUCAGAGUGUGCAAAGAGAUUCAGCGAGCAUGGCAAUCUUCAAAAGCAUCUGAGAACGCACUCAGGGGAGAAGCCUUUUGAAUGCUCAGAGUGUGCAAAGAGAUUCAGUAACAGUAGCACUCUUCAAAGCCAUCAGAGAACCCACACAGGGGAGAAGCCUUUUGAAUGCUUAGAGUGCAGAAAGAGAUUCAGUAAGAAUGGCAGUCUUCAAAGGCAUCAGAGAACCCACACAGGGGAGAAGCCUUUUGAAUGCUCAGAGUGUGCAAAGAGAUUCAGUAACAGUAGCACUCUUCAAAACCAUCGGAGAACCCACACAGGGGAGAAGCCUUUUGAAUGCUCAGAGUGUGCAAAGAGAUUCAGUCACAGUGCCAGUCUUCAAAGGCAUCGGAGAACCCACACGGGAGAAACCUUUUGAAUGCUCAGAAUGUGCAAAGAGCUUCAGUCACAGUGGCGAUCUUCAAAAGCAUCAGAGAAC